AUGGCAUCCGGCCAAGCUCACGGAUCCUCGGCGCCAUCUUCCAACAUCAACUCACCAGUUUUACCACCCGGCAACCCUCCUCUACCCAAUGGCCCAUUAUCCGAUCUAAACGCAAGGUCCUCUCCAGCACCAGCCAGCAAUGCUUCUUUCCAAGGCGAUGCCGCGCGGGCAAAGCGCAAUAAACGCGACAGCCGCAAAAAGAGGGAGGCCAAAGGUUUGGAUCCCGAGAAUGCGCCUCCACCCAAGAAACGUGCCGCCGUGCUUAGCAGCGCCGUGCCCAGCUCCGACCUCCAAAUUCUUCGCCCAUUGCUGCUUGCCGAACCCCGUCAAUCUGAUCGGUUUCCUCCACAACCGCGUCAAUUGAACCCUGUCAGCCGGAAGACCUCCAACGUCCUCGGUCAGAAUUGGGAUUUUUACGAGGUUGUCGACAAGCUCACUAACAAGAACGGCUUUCGCUACACUUAUGCCAUUGCUGACCCUGGUUUCCCCCAUAUAAAGUAUCGCCAAACCGAUGUCCGCCCCUACCACGCCCGCUUCAGCUUUGAAGAUUCUCCAGCCGCCAUCUCCUUUUCUCAGAACGCUACUGCCGUGACUACCCCUGAUGCAUGGCACACUGCUCGUGCAAAUGUGUGUGCUCGAGAGGGCACUUUCUACUAUGAGGCUCGUGUCAUCAAUGGCAUGGUCAAUGACGCGCAGGCCGCGCCCCAGAAUGGCGGCCCAGGCGCACCAUCCCGCGGCCAUGUCCGUAUUGGAUUCGCACGGCGUGAAGCCGACCUUGAUAUUAACGUUGGGGUCGACUGCUACGGCUACGGGAUUCGGGACGUGAAUGGCGAAGUCGUCAAUCGCAUGCGAUGCGAGUUUUUCUUCCCCAAGGGGGAGGCGAUCUACGAGGGCGAUGUAAUCGGCAUGCUCAUCACUCUUCCACCUCUCUCCAUUCACAAAAAGGUUGUCGAGGGUACCUAUGACCCUGCUGUGGAUGGAGACGGCUCUUCGUCCCAGACUCCCACCGCAGCCAACCUUAUCCGAGACCGGAUCCCUUUUCACUAUAAAUCCGAUUUUUGUUGGCAACAAUCCAACAUCUUCGCUACCAAACACCUUCGUGACUAUGCCUUUAACCUCAAGGAAACACCCACUUUUGGCCCACCCUCCCCGCUAAACAGCGAAGACGCCUCUCUCCGCACCCUCCCCGGCUCUAAUAUCACAAUCUUCAAAAACGGUGUCCAAAUGGGCACACCCUUUAAAGAUCUCUAUGCUUUUCUUCCGCCAGCCAGCCGCCUUGCUAACGGAACCAAUAAUCUCGGUAUUGGCGAGCGCGAAAAUGCCGACGACGGCAUGAUUGGCUACUAUCCGGCCGUGAGUUGCUACGGCGGCGGUGCCGUCGAGUGUCGCUUCGAGGCACCGUGGUGGAUCGGGCCACCGGAGUUUACCAAAAAUGGCGUGCCGAUCCGCGCCAUCGGAGAGCGAUUUAACGAGCAAAUCGUCGAGGAUGUCAUGGCCGACCUGGUCGAUGAGGUCGAAGCCAUGUUCACGUGGGGCGGCAUCGACGGCGAUGUCAUCGGCAAUAAGAAUGCCGACGAACUAGAUGGUUCUGCGUCUGGCGUGGUCGGAGGCUCUGAGGUCCUGAAGGGUGGUGUUGGUGCGGCGUUGGACUCGGCAGCGUCUGCACCCACCCCUGGAUCAGCCCCUGGCGCAGCUGGCGCCUCUGAUUCUGCUGCCAACAGCAACCGUGAAACGCCGAUAGCUGCUGGUGACCCGGCCUCAGGGAACCCUACCGCGGAGGACGCAAUGAGCGUCGGGACGGCGGGUACUCCUAGUCAUGUCGUGGAAGCGCCAGCAACCACAGGCGAUGGGGAUGUUGAGAUGACCUGA